GAACAUCUGGGCGCGUUCCAAGACGAUCCUCAAGCACUUCAACAUGUCCGGUAUGCGCAACGAGGGCAACGGCAAGCUCUACCGCGAGAAGAUCGCGCACCACCUCGCGCUCUUCUACGGCAAGACGUUCGAGCAGGGGUCGUACUGGUACACGCAUCCCAACGAGAACGAGUUUUUCCGCGCCGUGUUCGCCAAGGCUGCGGGCAAGGAGAACGCGGACGACGUGGACGCGGCGGGCAUCGACAACAUCUUCUUCAAGAAGGAAAACCGCCAGAUGGGCAUCGACGCCAAGGCGCUCGGGCGCUACUGCUCGGAGAGGCAGCUCAAGGCGCUCUUCGCGGCGUGCCCGGCGUCGUCGGAGGAGGGCGACGUCUGCAUCGAGGUGCCCCCGCCGGCUUCCGCGUCGCUCGGCGCGCCGGUGAAGUCCGACGAGGAGAAUGAAGAGGAGGAAGAAGAAGAAGAGACGCCCGACUCGGGCUCGCCCGUUCCAGCUGUGCACGGCGUUCCAGCUGUGCACGGCGAGGCUGGAACGGGUGAGCCGGCGGAGAGCGACGACGAGGGCACCGUCGCGCACGAGGCAGACGUCGCCAACCUCGACGACCUGCCCGGAGACGACGACGACGUCGACGUCGACGACGCGGUGCCCGCGAUGCCCGCGGGAGGCGACUUCGACGACGGGAACUUCUACAGCGACGAGAAGAAGUUCAAGGAGGGUGACGAUUUCAACCUGGACGUGUUGCCCUCCUUGAGCCAGUGGGACGAUGCCCCCGGUUUUGAUUUCGACUUUGCCAUCUUCGAGCCUUCGCAGCCCACCGAGCCCACCGAGCAGCAACGCGAUCUGAUGGAGCACCUGGUGAACGUGCCCAGAGUCAACGAAUGGCGUAUUCGCCUCAGCCAGUUGAAGGUGGACGCGGCGGAGGGUAAGAUCAUCACGGGGUGGAUGCAGCCGGCUGUCGAGAGGCGGGCGAGGGCGAUGAAGUGCUUCGAGGAGCUCGAGAGGAUCAUGAGAGAGCAGGAACAGGCCUACGAAGGGGAGAUCAACUCGUCUUUCCCCGUCGCUCCCACUACCCUGGGAUGAACAAGAACCACUAAGAUUGUGUAUCAGAGACGCCGCUGUACGUGUAUUGUUAUCAAGAAUAUGAUGACGCG